AUGAUGGAGGAGGCAGUGAGGGAGGUGCGCUUCUCUCUGGCCUCUCUGAUUGCUCCUUUCCCCACCUCCCCCCCCCCCCCCCCCCCCCCCCCCCUCCCUCCUUGCCCUCCCUCCUGCCCCUCCACCCGCUUCACCCCUCCCCCUCACCCGUUUCCCAACCUCAGGCCUGGAGGAGGCAGUGAGGGAGGUCUGGAGGAGGUAGUGAGGGAGGUGCGAUACUCUCUGGCCUCUGACCCCACCAACGGGCUGCUGGGGGGCGCUCUGGCUGGAGCUCUCUUUGGGCGGCUGCGAGAGGUGCGAUUCUCUCUGGCCUCCGACCCCACCAACGGGCUGCUGGGGGGUGCUCUGGCUGGAGCUCUCUUUGGGCGGCUGCGAGGUGAGAGAGGGUGGGUUGGGAAGAGACGGGAAGGAGCGUGGGAGGGUGGGGAAGGUGGGAAGGGUGUGAGAGGUGCGAUUCUCUCUGGCCUCCGACCCCCCAACAGGCUGCUGGGGGGCGCUCUCGCUGGGGCACUCUUUGGGCGGCUGCGAGGUGAGAGGGGGGGAGGGUGGGAGAGGAGUAAGAGAGGGAUUGGAGAGAAACGGCGGUGGGUUGGGAAGGGUGUGAGAGGUGCGCUUCUCCCUCCCGUGCCUCCGGCCCCACCAACGGGCUGCUGGGGAGCGCUCUGGCUGGGAUUUGUCUGGGCGUCCGCGAGGGGGUGCUCUGGCUGGGGCACGAUUUGGGCGGUGAGGGGGAGGCGAGAGGCGAGAGGGAUAGGCAGCCGAGACAUCGCCAUCCGGGCAGCUGUAAUGUUUGGCCUGGCCGGGGCAGGGCACCGGGCAGCCGUGGAAAGUUUCAAGGAGUGGCGCAUUCAGCAGCUCCUGGCUGCCCGCGUGGCUGAACACACUGCCGAUCCUCAUGCCUCCCAUGCAGACGCGGCAGCAGACACAGGUGCAGCCACUACAGCAUCGUCCCCACCAGAAGCCACUGCAGCCCACCUCUCGCAGUCACCAGCAGCAGCAGCAGCAGCAGCAGCUGGAGCCCAGGCAGGGGCACUGCAAGGGAAGGAGCAGGGCGUGGGGGAGCGGGGCGUGGGGGAGCGGGGCGUGGGGGAGCGGGGCGAGCAGGCAGGGGUGAAGGCGGGAGGGCGGUGGGAGUGGCCAGAGUGGCUUCCUGUGAGGCGGCUAGGUGAGGAGGAGGUGAAGCAGCGGCAAGAGGAGUUCAGACAGAGAGUGGCAGCAGCACAGCGGCUGGAAAUGGCUGGUUCAGGGAGGGAGGGAGGCCUGGGAGGUGCAGGCGUGGGGGAGAAGGGGGCAUGA